UCUGAAUGCGGUUUGUGGUCCUUUUUAAGUCACGCAUAACAAAUGUGCGAUUUCAUUCAAAAAUCCCUCUAGCGGCGCCAGAUGCAAGCAUAAAGUGAGGAGGCAGUGUUUGGAAUUGGGUUCUGGGUUGCUUACGGAGCCCGCUAGUCUCUGUAGGGAUCGGGCUGUCUAGUUUCCUGCAUCAGCAUCGCUGAGUUUUGAUUGCAACUACGCCCGGUCUGCCUUCACGCAUCUGCUCCUUGCAUCCUGUCUUUGAUAUAACAACAGCAGACGAAGAAACGAAAAGGACUUAUACAAGUGCGUCCAUCCAUCUGCUUGAGAAGUGCACUAUUUUCUAUUGGUAAAGAUGGUUAAACUGGGGAGUAAUCUACAAGACAAAGGCGCUAAACCGGUCAGUGUGGAGGAUGGCUUCCAAAACGUGCCGCUCAUCACCCCUCUGGAUGUCGGUAAUCUCCAGUAUGGAGCCCCAGACAAGGUGGUGGUGAAGACACGGACUGAGUACCAAACGGACCAGAAGAAAACCAAGCUGAAGGUGCCCAAGGUGGAGGAGUUCACUAUCAGCUUCACUGAUGGAGUAUCAGAGAGAAUCAAGGUCACUAUCCUCAUAGUCCUGGCCUUGGCCUUCCUGGCCUGCAUAGUGUUCCUGGUGGUGUACAAGGCGUUUACCUACGACCACAGCUGCCCAGACGGAUUCAUAUACAAGCAUAAGCGGUGCAUCCCUGCCUCUCUGGAGGCCUACUACACUGCUCAGGAUGCCAACUCCCGAGGGCGCUUCUAUACGGUGAUCAGCCACUACAGCAUGGCCAAGCAGACCACCUCUCGCUCCGUCUCUCCCUGGCUCCCUGCUGGCGCUGCGCCGCACGACGCCAAGCCGCCCAACACAGACGGGCACUGAGUCUGCCUGCCCAACCCUCCCACCAACCCCACCUCGUCUGCCCGUCUCCAUUCCAAGCUUUUAACAGGGAGUGUCUGUCUCCCCAGUGUCUUGCUCGGCUCAGAGUACUCUCACACCCGCCUUCCUGCCCAUAUCUGAAUCUCCCUUCCCUCCCGGCUGUAUCUGUUCUCUUUUCAUGUCUCAUCCCUCUAUGUAUUUAUUAUUUAUCAUCACUUUUUUUUUUACUUGUUAUUGCUGUUUUGUAUUUGAUAUCAAACAACUGUUUGUACAAAGGCACGGGGUCAAUGUUGAAAUCCACUCAGAGUCCGUUUUUCUGAGCUGCUACUAACAGAGUCAAACUUCAUUUUUCAGAUGUGUGCGCCUGUUAUCUGCUAGGCCUCCUGUAGUGUCAUGACUGUGUGUAGUGGAAGGCAUGUAAUGAUAAACACUAGGAACAUGUUUCUAAUUCAAGUCCAGGCAUAUCUAUGUCACUCUGUGCAUAAUCAUACUGGAAUACAUUCUUAUAAAAAAGUUUUUUUCCCCGAGUGAGUAUCGAUUUGUACGUCUAUGGAAGUUGAACAUGAACACCGGUAUACAAUAGAUUUCCUGAAUUAUCUGAGCAAAGCUAGCUAAGUAUUCUCUAUCAUGACGGUUUGAUAACGGAACACUUUUCAAGGUACUGUACUGUAUGUCAUAGUUCCGUCAUUGAGGCAAGCUGUAUAAAGCCCAAUGCAUUCAUGCUAGUUUCUGUGUGUGCAUUGUUGUAGCUAGGUUUCAUGACGUUUGAAAAAAAGAAUUCAAUGGGAGAAAAAAAUGGCCUUAUUGCCAGUUGUUUCGCUUUAGAAAACAGUCCAGAUACUGUACACAACAUGAAUAUGUGGACCUAGCUAGGGAUAAAUACCCAAGACGUGGAGAUGAUGGGGAACAGUGUGCAUAGCACUGUCUUUGCUAAAACUCUUGGUUCUGCAAUGUUUAGAUACAUUUUUAGAUAAGCUUCUCUGCGUGGUUUAGUUCUGUUACCAUUUUUUUAUGUUGUCAAAAAAAAAACGCUUUUUGAACUAUUGUGAUUUUGGUAGAUGGAUAUGUAGCAAAGCCUGGAGUAGUUUCUCAGUGUGCAUCCCAUAGGUUUGAAAUGAAAAAUAAAGCAAGCUGUGACCUGUACAGAAA